CUCGCCGGCAAAAUCCCCGCCCUUGUCCUGCACGAGCUCGACAGUGCAGUCAGCAUGUCGAGGAGCCUAUCAAAAAGCACCUGUGAGAAGCCAAUCGCAUUUUCAAGUAUCUAAAGGGCACGAAGGACCUCAAGAUCUACUUCAGUCGUAACGGCCCACAUCAAAGUUUUCUGUGAUGCUGAUUUCGCCAAGAGUGCCGAUCGCUUCUCUGUCUCCGGCUAUAUGUUCACUUUUGCGGGAGGAGCUAUCUCCUGGACUACAAAGAAACAAACGACUGUUGCUGCAUCGACUCAGCAAGACUCAAUGCUGUCUUCCUUGCAGGAAACGGUGCUGUCUGGCUACCUCUCUGCAGGGGGUCAAGGCGGUCGUCAAGCUGGCGGCGAUGCACCAGCCUGUCAUCUGGGCCCGGCUGCGACGCUUGGUGGCAGGGGAGGAGGUUGGCACGGGUCGUCUUCAUCUGGGCAACGACCUCAGCUUCUCUGCUACGGGCCUCAGCCAGCAUUGCGAGACAGGAGGGCAGGUCGAUUGGAAGUCGGAGCAGAUCCAGAAAAAGGUCCGCCUGCUUGUCGCAAAGUACAAGGCGAUGACGGAGCUGGUGGACGUGGAGCAAGAGGGGGAGGCAGGGCCAUCAAGGGGCAGCAAGAGGCCCAGGGAGCAGAAGCGGGAGGAGAGCGGGCGAGGUCUCAAAGUGGUCCUGCGCAGGGGGACGACUUCGAAGAAGUAAUAAGAGCAUCCAGAAAGGUCCAGUUGUAUUUGUGCUCAGGAAAUAGAAUUGCUCUCCUGUGAAUCCCAGGUCAUCGUCUUCAAUUGGUCGUGACAGGGUGGUGUUGCUCGACGGUAGAGCGAAAGGCGGGAGUGGCCGUGUUU